AUGACCGGCGCCUUACUUGCCUUCGCGCCCCUACCCGGACGACCGGGGAUAGAUCCAUAUGCCGAGUCGCAGAAGCUCAAAGCCCAACCCCUGCCGCAGGCCAAGGCAAACUACGAGGCUAUAGUCAGGGCGCUGGAGAUAUGGAUCCUCUCCUCCUCCGCUCGAAAGCACGAUUUCGAAGCCGCAGUCCGCACCGCACAAUCCUUUAACGUCACGGGAAUGGAGGAAAUCCAAACACUCGAUGACUACCUCCAUUUCAUCAACAGCCUGCUCACCUGGAUACCCACCGAGGCCGUCCGACCCAAAGAGCUCCUCUUCCGGAUAACGACGAUGUGGUUCAUCCUCGACCAGCCGUCCGUAAUCCAGUAUCAGAGCCCAAUCCGACCAACCCUGCGCACCGUGAUCACCUGCAAUCACCCCGAGAGUUCAAAACUAACAUGGCUAUCAACCUGGAUGCUCCGCUUUAGCACGCAACUCGGCAAAUUCAUGGACUCCCCAGCCUCCGCAGGAGCAAUUGACACAUUCCGCUCGAACCCCUCCUACCACAUGGACGAGUACAUCGAACCACACAGCGGGUGGAAAACAUUCAACGCGUUCUUCGCGCGGCACGUAAAACCAGGUUCUCGACCAAUUGCGUCCAUCGGCGAUUCCAGCGUGAUUACCAGCCCGGCUGAUUUCUCGUUCAAGGAGAGCCAUCGCGUUUCGGCGGAUUCCACAGUGACAACGAAGGGGGUGACGUGGGCGAUUGGCGCGAUGCUGGAAGGCUCACCGUAUAAAGAGCGCUUUGGUGGUGGAGUCUGGCUCCAUGGGUUUCUGGACGUGAAUGACUAUCACCGUGUGCAUGCGCCUGUGCCUGGGAGGGUUGUUGAGGCGAGGGUUAUUCAGGGGGGGAAUUGUAUGGCUGUGAACGCUAAACCUACAGGCAGUGAUGGGAAUGGGGAUGGGAAGACUGAGCUCACCGUCCCCAAUGAACUGGGCUAUCAUAUCUCUCAGACUCGGGGGCUGGUUGUUAUUGAUACGGGGUUCGGGCUGGUUGGCGUGCUGCCGGUUGGCAUGGCGGUUGUGUCGUCUGUUGUUCUUACAGCGGGGGUGGGGGUGAACUUGCAUAAGGGGGAAGAGCUGGGGUAUUUCCAGUUUGGGGGGUCGGAUGUUGUUUUGGCUUUUGAGGGGGCGUUGGAUUUUAGGCAUGUUAUGGAGGAGGGGACGCAUUAUCGGAUGGGGAGGGAGAUUGGGCGGGUUUGUGGUUCUACUUAG